GUGCUUCCCUCUCUCUCUCCACCUCUCCCCUAUAACCCCCCAAGCGCGACUCGCAGCCUCUGGAAACUCCCGAAAAUCUUUUAAUCUAACCGUUGUUGAUCUAAAAUGAAGACAGAUUCAGCAACUGCAUGGCUUAUUUCUUGCUGCAAAUGUUUUCAGAAACACAUUUCGGUGACAAUUAAGAGGCUAGAGGAAGCUUCAUUUUUUGAAGCUUUUUUGAAACUUUGGCCACGUUUUAUAUGAACAGCCAACAUUAUAACGUUAUAUACUGUAUAUGACAGAAAAUAAGGGAAAGCAUAAUAGGUCCCCUUUAAUCUUUACUCCUCCCAACUGUAACUACAUUAGUCAGUGCUCUGUGGAAAUAUCCUCUGCAGGGUCUGUCUUGUCUGUCCCCUGUGAUAAUGUAAGCUGAUGUUAUACUGACAUUAACAAUUGUUCUCUAUCUCAUUAAAGCAACAAGGAGGGCAUUGAUCUCUAUGGGUGAGGGAGUGGUGUGAGUUAGACUCGUGAAGACGAUAACACUUUUGUCUCGCUCGUAGUUCAUAAAUACGAUUCAUUCAUGUUAGCUUAUGGAUAGUUGUUAGCUAACGCUAGCUAAACUGUUAUUGUUAUGCUAAAGUGCAUAAGUUAUUCUAUUAUUCCCAAACAGCUUCAGGUACAUUACCACCUCCUUCUGUACUAUAGGAGAACCAACCCUGAUUUGCAUGUAGCCGAGAGAACAACGACGAAUUGUAAUCAGAUUAGAAAAUGCUGAAUGUAUGCCACAUGUGCACCACGGUUGUCAAUGAAUUUGCGGUCACAAUGUGCACCUAGCUCAUUAUGCAGUUAGCUCCUGGACUGAACCUGGGACUGACCUCCAGAAGCAUUCUUUCUCAUCAAGAAAAGAAAGGAUAACGUAGUGACCUUGAUUUCAAAACUUCGGUCACACUGCAACUCGAUGUGAGAAAAACUAUUCAGAAACUAAAUGAUAAUCAUUCAGUCUUUAGGUUUAAUUAUAUUACGGCAAUAAGAGUCAAACAAACUUUAUGGUAAAAUGAUAAAGAGAUGUAAUAAGAUGCACAAAGUAUAAGUCAAAGUAUAAGUCUCAUCAACUGGUAGAGAGAGAGAGAGAGAGAGAGAGAGAGAGAGAGAGAGCAGAAUGGAGCAGGAGGUCCAGAAGCUCAGUGUGCAGCAGGUCAAGGUGUUGUUGAUCUGAUGUUAAUACUCCAGCCAGUUAAUAAAUGCAGCCAGAUGCAUGCUGUAAAUGUAUUGCCAAGGGAAAGAAGACAGACAGACAAAGAAGCUGUUUCAGCCUCAUGUGCACCCUGCCCCCUGAUUGCUGGUACAAAAUAAUCAGAUAUUGUGUAAUAUAAUAUUAUAUUAUAUAAUGUGUAAUAUAAUUUUUUAACCUAUUUUUUACUUUAUCACAACUGUUUUCAAUAACUUUUUUUUUUUUAAUUUGAGAAGCGAUUUAGGGGGCGGUGGGUCAAAGAGACCCGGGUGACCCCCUGUCACUUCACUUCCCUUCCCUUCCCUUCCCUUCCCUUUCCGUCCCUUUCCUUUCCUUUCCUGCGCUCUUCUUUCUUUGUCUUCUCAUUCUCUUCUCUUCCUAACACCUCACCAAAUGCCCAGCGCUGCCCAGAGCUGAACGGAGAGCUUAGAAGGAGACCCCCGCGAGCCGUCCUGGCGUUUGUUCCCUUAUAAUAAUAAUACUAAUAAUAAUGCUAAUAAUAAUAAUGAUAAAAAGCACAGCUACCCACCCCCAAGGUCCUCCAUGUGUCCCGGCCGGUGUUGUUAUGCGUAUGCGGCGUCCCUAGUGCGCGACAUCGGGGCCGCGUUCCGCCUGCUGUUCACGCCGGCCAUAAAGCUGCUCGUCCUGGAGAUGACCAAGCUUGAGGCCCGUCGCCGCAAGUACCACGAACGGCCGGGCUGGUGGAAGGGCAUGAACGUCACUGACCUGCGCGCCUACGUGGGGCUGCUCAUCCUGGUUGGCGUCUACAGGUCCCGGGGCAAGCCUGUGGGACGCAGAGAGCGGACGGGGCGUGUCGACGCCGCCAUGCCUCUCAAGGUCUUUCACGCCUACUCCUUGCUGCUGCGAUUCGACGACCGCGAAACCAGAGCCGCCAGAUGCGCCGGACAAACUGGUGGCAGUCAGGGAGCUGGCGGACAGGUGGGUGGAGUGUCUGCCCUACUUCUACAACUCGGGGCCCGAGAUAACAGUGGAGCAACUGGUACCGUUCAGAGAGCGGCGGCUGCUGCGGCCAGCAAGAGGAAAAGGUGUCAGAUAUGCCCCCGAAGAAGAACAGUAAAACGCACACCGUGUGCCGCGGGUGCAACAGGUACGUGUGCAGAAGCUGCGCACUGCCGUACUGCCCCGCGUGCGCUGACAGGGCAGCUGGCCGUGGGUCAGUCUGACCCGAAGGACACAGGCGCGCCGCAGAACUCCGAGGCUGCGGGAGGGUUAAUAUCCAUAUUCUUACAUUGGGCCUUGGGUUAUCAGCAGUGUAAUAAAUUGGUACACAGAAGGAAGGAUAAAUGUUGCCCUACUGGUAUGGUUUAUGGAGUCAGGUGUAUUUCUUAAAAUACAUAUUACAAAUACAAAUUUGAAAUACAUCAUGUUAGCUUCAAGUCUAAUGGUUAAAGAAUAUUUUAAACUGUAAAAGACAUUUACAUGUUUACACUUAUUCAUUUGGCAGAGGCUUUUGUCCAAAACGACGGACAAAUGAGGUACAAUCCAAGCCACAGUAGAUCAAAGAAAAGACAUGCUUAGAUUAGAAUUUAAACCUUAAAAAGAAAAGUGCUGUUUAUAUUUUUCCAAAACAAGGUGAUAUGAUGUAAAGUCAGUGAAAAAGAAAAUCUUAAACUGCCUUAGUUUACAAAUACAACUUCAAUGAAAGAGAUUAAAAAAUGAAUAGGAUUAAAUUAUUGACAACUUUCACAUUUAUCUGAGUGAAUAAAAAACACAUUUUCUUUACAAUGAUGGCAUGCAGGGUAUUAUAUAACAAACACUACACAAAUCAAAAGUAGGUAUAGUCUAAUCCUAACUCUGGAUUAGACUAUACCUACUGAAACGUGUCCUCUAUUUUGGAACACAGUGACAUCAAUAAAAAUAGGUUGGAUGGGUCCGGAAACACAAGCAGAUGAUCAAACAGGUUAUAAACAAAACCCCAGGUUAGUCUAUCUGAUUUUAAGUAAAAGUAAAAUUAGGUAAGAAAAAUUAUUACCCAAACUGUCCAUUGUAAACAUCCAUCACAGUUUGCAGAUCCACUUCAAUUGUGACCUAUACUUAAUGUAGUUGUGCACACUCAUGAUUUUCCUGUAGCUAAUAUAUGGUAGCUAAUCUGUUGUCUUGAUUACAACUUGUCUGACUGCUGGUGUUGGAUCUAUUUUUAAUGGUGUUGCCACAUUCCAAGAUCCCAGCAAAUACUUUGGUGAGUACAAUGUUGUCAUAACUGAUAAAAAUCAAAAGUGUGUAAAUAGGACCUGAGUUGGAAUACACCACAAUUAUUCUCUUAAGAAUUUCCAUCAUGUCUCCCUUUAGCAGCGCAUUAAAGGCAGCAACUUCUUGAUUCCUGCUCCUAGAACCAAUAGCCAGAACUAUUCUUGUAAUAAACAAUUUUCCUUUAACUGUCAGUGAGCUACUACAUAGCGCAAAGACAGUAAAUAAUCAUUACUUUAGCUUUGUCCUCCCUAAAUGACAAGUAGCUAUUUAGUUUUAACUCUGAAAGGCUCAUUAGUUCAUGUAGAAGGUUAUGUGUUGAAGGCAACUGUUCACAUGUGAGAGGUGAGAAGAGGUCUAGUCAGAAUAGAAUAGAGAUCUGCCAUCCUCCAAUAUAUUUUGUAUUAUGCUAAUGUUCAGAUCUAAUUGUUCACUCAGGGGUUAGUGGACGUGACUUUGACUCUGAGCUGACCUUUCAGUUAGCCAAUAAGCCAUUUUGCUCCACCGUAUUAAUAUAAGAGAUUUAUAUUCUCAUAAUGGAGGGCCUCAACAGCGGUAUUACUCACAGCGAUUAGUGACUAAUGAAUGACUGCCAACCUGUGUUCUGGUAAUGCAUUCCUCUGACUGAUUGUGGUCAACCCUGUUUGGGAAGGCAGCCAAAGAGAAAAGUUUAUUAGUAAAGCCAUAUUAAUUAACAAGUUACAGGAAAUUAAUCGAGGGAGGGGAGUCAAUUACUCUCCUUAGCAUGAUCCCAUUUUUAUCAUAUCAACCCUGAUGACAAAAAAUAGUAAUAUUGCAGCAGGCUUGUUGCUGAAUGUUUUACAAUUACACAUGAAGGAUUUUUAGAUCCCCAAACAGAUAUGUCUGUAAAAUGUCAUUGGUGAGCCAUGGUUGGCUUGUAAAGUAAGUGAGGUUGCAAGUUUGAGCUAAGGGGGAGUGGCUAUAACCUCUUUCCCCUCGGACCAGCACGUUAUUACCUUUCUUUUCUGGGUGGAUAUGAUGAACCAUGGGAGAUCUCAGGAUGAAGAAAGUCUCCAAUUUUGAAG